GUUUUCAACAAUACACUACCUAUGGGAUAGACUGCAUUAUUCUGUAUAAUGACAACAUAAUUCUUAAGUCACAUUAUUCGUCAAUGAGUGGCUACGGGGCGUUUAGUGUACUAUGUUUGAUCUUCACGUCUUGAAAUUUCACCUCCUACUUUAGCGAGUCCAUAUAUGGACAAAAAUAUUAAAAUAUGCACUUCCCAUCAAAGAGCUCUUUUGUUUGACGUAUUUAAAUGAAAAACGUCAAAUGGUCUCGAAUUUAAUGUAUUCCAUGGAAUGUGCCACGCCUUUUAAUUAAAAAGAACCAAUCAGAAAACGACUUUUAGUAUCACGUGUAACUGUGAAUCAUCUGAAGUGGCCUCGAAAUAUUGUUUACUUUCUACCUUCGGGAGCCGGCGACUUGCACUCAUUUGGAUAUUUAACCAGAACUGGUCCAAAAAAUAUUUCAUCUCAAAAAUGGCAUACAGAGCGACAAAAUCCGGUUUAGCAGCCGAAGCCCAGGGCAAGAUUAGAGGUAAAUAUGACCAGGGCGAAGCAGAGCGAGCUCUAACGUUCAUCAGUCAGAAAAUCGGAGAAAGUUUUAGUACUUCCGGCGAUAUGGACAAUUUCCAAAAUCAACUCAAAAAUGGCGUCAAGCUCUGCAAAUUAGUCAAUUCCAUAAAAGCUGGGAGUGUCCCGGAGAAAAAAUACGCCACGCCCCCCACCAUGUCAUUUAAACAGAUGGAACUGAUAGGUUUGGCCAUCGACAAAAUGAAGCAGCAAGGAGUCCCGGAUCACGAAAUGUUCGCUACAGUCGAUCUAUACGAGGGUCAAAAUCUCCACCAGUGUGUUUUAGGAAUUAGUGCCCUCGCCAGAAAGGUUGGUGCAUACGGACCUAAGGAAGCGGAGGCUAAUAAGCGGGAUUUCACAGACGAACAGCUCAAAGCUGGACAGAACAUCAUCGGUCUACAGAUGGGAACAAAUAAAGGUGCUAACCAAUCCGGAAUGAACAUCGGAAACACUCGACAUAUAGUUGACUAGUAGAAUAUCCUGUUCACUUAGUGUACACGAGUCAGCAUUUACAUUUAGAAUUUUCUCCAGCAACUUAUUUGGUCUAUUACCUUAGCAGCUGUGCAACAACGCGCUGCAGUGGUUAACGCUUUACCAUGUAUCAAUACACAUGAUUGCUUAUGAAGAAAAAUAUAAUUAUGUUAAAGUAUGCAAACUUAUUUCAAACCAAAUUGAGUAUUUUGUAGCAAAGCAUGCUAUUUUACAAGCAAUAAGACGUAGGGGCUGGCAAUAUGGAACGAAGUGGGACCAAUGAUGGCAUCUGUCAUGCGCAUCAUUUACAAUUGUUAUUUAGCUAAUUUACAUUAUUGUUUAUAUAAUAAACCUUUUUUUAUACAUUGA